CGCGGGGGUCGCUCCGAGGCGGCCUGGCGCGAGUUCGCCGCCUCCUUCGUGCGCGCCGGCAUGGUGCCGCCAACCGACGCGGGCCUGGCGGCUGUGGAGGCGGCGGAGGGCGCCGCCGUGCUGCUCCUGGCGCCGCAGCAGGCGCUGACUUUCACCGGGAAGUGCCGCCUGAGAUGCCUGUACGGCGCCGUCCGCGUCCUGGGCUUCGCCAUCGGCUCGCACCAGCCGGGGCUGCCGGUCUUCUCGCCGCCCACCCACUGCGCCCUCGCCCUGGAGGCGCUGCCCGCCGCCCGCCCGCCCGCCGCCGACCCCCGGCAGCUCCGCGCCGCCGCCCGCGCCGCCAUGCGAGCGCACCGCGUCCGCCGCCAGGCGCGGGUGAAGGUGAUGGCGCGGUUCUCGCCCGAGUGCGCCGUGGUGCUGCUGGAGCACCUGGACACGCCGGUGACACGGUUCCUGCUCAGCCUCCCGCCGCUCUCACGGCUCUUUGAGGCCCAGAAAAAGGAAGAGUCUAGCUUCACAACAGAGGAUGCAGUUCUGGCAUCCGUUGGUAUUAUGAAAUGUAGCCCUGAUAAUGGACUGCUGGUGUCAGAGAGCAUGUUCCUAGCCCUGGAGGAGCUAAUACAAGCAUGUUGUGCGGAAGAUGAAGGUGUACCUGUCAUUAUGGUGUGUGGUCCAAAAAGCAUUGGGAAGUCAACAUUUAACAGAUACCUGAUUAAUCUGUUACUGAAUCGCCUUCCCUCUGUUGAAUAUAUGGAAUGUGACAUAGGUCAAACAGAGUUUACGCCGCCUGGAUGCGUGUCUUUAAGUAACGUAACAGAGCCGUUUCUUGGUCCACCAUUCACUCAUCAGCAAACUCCACGGAAGAUGGUGUAUUACGGACAGACUAGUUGUGAGCAGGACACAGAAAGAUACAUCGAUGUUGUGAAGUAUGUGUUCAACUCCUACAAGAAGGAAGUGCCUUUAGUCAUCAACACUAUGGGCUGGGUGAAAGGUGAGGGUUUGCUGCUUCUGACUGAUAUGAUUCGGCUGUUAUCACCCACUCACGUUGUUCAGAUGGAUGUGUACGACUGGAAAGCCAUGGCUCCACUCACCCCUGAGUACGUUCAUCUCGCUCCCGGCCUGUAUACCAAAGGCAAACAGCAAGGCAAGAGCAAGCAAAUGAAUCUGAGUGCGGCAGAGAGCUGGAAGUCCUCUGAAGGGGAGGAAGAUACGUCAGCUCCUGACUAUAAACUGCUCUAUGUCCAUCCGGAAUUCCCUCGAGCUGGGGUUGCAGGUGAAGCGCGAGUACAUAGCAGCAUCUUACGUGACAUGUCAAUACUUGGUUAUCUUGGUCAGCUGCAGCCUCCAGACAUAGGAUCAGUACUUCCGCUGCAUAGUUUUGUGCCAUACCAGGUACCUUUUAAUGCUGUUGCACUCAGGGUUAUUCAUACUGAUGUUGCUCCUACCAAUAUCAUGUAUGCAGUGAAUGCCAGCUGGGUUGGGCUCUGCAGGAUACCAGACGAAAUCAGAUGCCAAACCGACGGGCCAGUCUUGCUGACACAGACACCGGUCUGUGAUUGCCUCGGCUUUGGAAUUGUCCGAGGGGUUGAGAUGGAGAAGAAACUUUAUCAUGUCUUGACACCGGUGCCUCCCGAGAACCUGAGACUAGUGAAUUGUCUGUUACUUGGGAAUAUUGCUAUUCCAAACUGCGUUCUUGUGAGCCAGGAAGGAAUUGAGGGAGAGAUCCCUUAUGUCACAUCUGAAUAUAACUACAACAUUCUGGGGUCUGGGAAGCUGAAAAAGAAGAAGCAUUUCAAGAAGAGGGAGUAUACUUACCAGUGUGAUUACACUUGAAGCCUUUAGGACCUCUGACUGCAGGAUUUGUUUUAUAUGGCAAGAGGCAAGUGUAGUCACAGAAGUACUGGCUACCACAGCUCCAAGAGAUUUGGAACAAGUUUCCAAUGUGUAGAUACUAAAACAUGUCAAUUUUUAAUAAUGCUUUAUAUUUUCAGUAUGUACUUUGGUGUUUUGUAAUAAAUACGUUAAAAACGGU